AUGUUGGGUAAUGGGCAACCUGUGGAUUUGUAUAAGCUCUUCAUGUUGGUGAAGGAGAAAGGUGGCUAUGAUGUUGUUUGUAAGAAUGGGUUGUGGGAUUUGGUGGGGGAAGAAUAUGGGUUGGGUGUGAAGGAUGGUUCCUAUGUUAAAGGGGUUUAUAGUAAGCACUUAAGGACUCUAGAGGCAAGGCUCAAGAAUGUUGCUGGCAGUAAGUUCACUGAGUGUGGUUUAGUGGAUGAUAGAGUUAAAUUUGGUAAGCGUUUGAUGGAGUUGCAAUCUGAAUUUUUGUUGGAUGAUUAUGUUGAGGAAGAGGGUGGGGACAAACUCAAUAGUGUAUAUGACUAUCAAGAUGGGAGGAAAUUAUGUGGUAGUAAUAGAGUGAAGGGCAUGAAUCCAGAGUCAAAUGUGGAUGAACUCGAUAGGGUAUAUGACUAUCUAGAUGGGAGGAAGUUGUGUGGUACUAAUAGAGUGAAGGGAAUGAAUCCAGAGUUUAAUGGGGCCAAGAAAGUUAAGACUGAAGGACUUGUUGAUUUGAAUAUGGUGGAUCAUAAGGCGAAUGAGCCUGAUCUUGGACACUUGUGCAACCAUAAUGCCGCAAUGGAUAUACUGGAAGAGUUUGAUGGAGGCAAAAUAUUAGCAGUUGAUGAAUCUGAUGCAGUAAAAAACGUGCAUGGAUUGUCUGAUGGAGGGAAGAGGUGUGAUGAUGAUGACAAUGACAAUGAUGAUGAUGAUGACAAUGACAAUGAUGAUGAUAUCUUGAUAUUAGAUCCAUCCAUUGUUAAUAAAGAGAGCUUUGGUUGUAAGAAGAGAGUGUCUAUGUGGAAUGUAUCUGAUGCAGUAAACAACAUGCCUGGAUUGUCUGAUGGAGGCAAGAGGUGUGAUGAUGAUGAUGACGACAAUGAUGAUUAUGACGGCGAUAACUAUGACAAUGACAGUGACAUCAUGAUAUUGGAUCCAUCCAGUAUUGAUAAAGAGAGUUUUGGUUGUAAGAAGAAGUGUCAGUCUAUGCAGUACAUGCUAAGCUGGGUUAAGGGCAUUGCAGAGAACCUUUGUGAUCCUGUAGUUGGUUCAAUUCCUGAAAAGUCAAAGGGGAAGUUUUACAGUAGUCAGGAGAUCUGGAAGCAGGUUUUGUUGUUUAGAGAAGCUGUCUUUCUGAAGAAAAGUUUUGAAUCAAGCAAUGAACAACUUACUUGGAAGGGUCAGAAGAUGCAUCCUUCCUUGUACGAUGAUGGUCACCAAGGCUUAACCUACAAUCUUAGAAAGAGGUUGAAACGUGACAAGAGGCAUUUAGUUGGAAAAUCUUCAACUAAUGGAGUCUCUUCAGGAACACAGAGAGGUUUGGAGAGAAUCCAAAGUCCUCAUACUGAAGUUUGUGCUGUGAAAAAGUUACUUGAUUCAUGUACUGCACGCUCAAGUCUUGAUAGAAGUGCCACAGUGCCUAUCCCUUUGGGGCCAGCCCACCAAGCUGAAGUGCCACAAUGGACUGGCAUGACUUAUGAGAGUGAUUCUAAGUGGUUGGGGACUCGAAUAUGGCCAACAGAAAAUGUAAAUUCCAAACAUUUUUUUGAAAGGGACCCCAUUGGAAAGGGAAGAGAAGAUUCAUGUGGCUGCCAAGUACAAGGUUCUGUUGAGUGUGUGCGGUUCCACAUUGUUCAUAAAAGAACUAAACUGAAGUUGGAAUUGGGUGAGGCUUUUUACAAGUGGAAUUUACAUAAGGUAGGUGAAGAAGUUAGGCGUUUGUGGACACGGGAAGAAGAGAAGAAGUUCAAAGAUGUGGUGAAAUCAAACCCUCCUUCACUUGAAAGAUGUUUCUGGGAUCAUAUUUUUAAAGCAUUUCCCAUGAAGAGCAGGGAAGAUUUAGUUAGCUACUACUUCAAUGUCUUUAUUUUGCAGCGCAGAGGAUACCAGAAUAGGCAUACUCCAAAUGACAUUGACAGUGAUGAUGAUGGAUCUGAAUUUGGACCAUUGAGGAAGGUUUUUGGACAUAAAUCACGUAGCUCCACCUUAUUACCCCCCAAAAGCCAGAGACAGAGGGAAGAUAGAAAGUGAAUGUAAGUCCAAAUCAUGAGCUUCAUUGAGAAUGUACAUGUCUCUUUGGUGCAGCAAUUUUCAGUAUCAAUGGAUCUUUCUCUCCUUGCUUAGAAUAUCAAAAUCAUCAUUUCUUUUGAUGAGUAAAAAAGAUUUGGACUUAAAAGAUGAUGGUUUUGGUGUGGCUCAAUACCGGAGAGAUGAGAAAUGAUGUCUUUGGUGAUGGAUGCAGCUAACUAUGAAUAUCUGACAACACAUGAGUUAAGAGUUGCUUUUUCCAAUUUUGAGACAUAACAUUUGUCUGUUCACAUUGAUAGAUAUAUUGUAGGCACAGGCACUUUCAAUUGCUCAUUUUAUUUGUUAUUUUCACCUGGUUUUGAUCACAAGGGUUACUUUAAAAAGUUAUAACAAUAGCAUCAGGAAUAUAGAGUAAC